AUACGCAUCGUGAUAAGCAGCGAUCUUAUCGGAUAUAACACUAUUUAUUUACCGCUAUUAUGUGAUAAUAUUACAAAAUAGUCGAUUGUGGAGAGGGGAAAGUAUAAACUACGAUACUAUCGAAAUUUAAUGUUGUCCGAAGAGCGACGGUAGCAUGAGUCAAGUAUAAAAAUCGAUGUACUGAUCCAGAAAAUGUCACCAAGGUCGAGUGACGAUCACGAGCUGCUCGGUGGGACUAUGCGCAUGACAUCACACAAACGAUAAGAUCCAGUGUGAGGCAACUUGGUCGAGCCAGUCAGACGUCGUCAUGAAGUGCUUCCUACUGGUGUUCUCCGUCCUCAGCAGCGUUUUGGCUCGGGACACGUGCCAUCAAGACAGGACGCUAGAUCCCAUUUCUAAGACUUACCUGUCACCCGUCGUUUUUUUAGGUAAACUAACAAAUGUUGUUCGACACGAAAAUAUGAUGCGUACCAGGUUUCACGUGAAAAAAGUGCUAAAGAAUGUUGGAAUGCAGUCGAAACAGAAAAAGAGGGUACGUCUGGAAUAUAGGAACUCUACUUUCUGUGAACUGCCCAGAGAUAUGGAGUUGACAAAGGAGUAUUUAGUAUUUAUACGCGUAAAUUAUUCCGAGGUUGAACCGUUGUUCCUACCGGAGCCGAGCAAUCCCAAGAUGAUCAGAAAUGUUAGGAAGAUUGCAUGCCGAAAGUGUGCGAAACCCCCAACUGUCGGACGCUUAAAUGACGUCACUCUAAAACCGGGCGGACGUCUAAAGCUGAACUGUAAAAUCGGCGGAAAUCCUUUUCCGAGAGUCGAAUGGUACAAAAACGGGAAAAUAAUCGAAGGAAGAAGCAGGAUUAAAAUAAAAAAUAAAAGGAAACAGUCAAACUUGAUUAUUAAGUCGGUAAAUUAUAAAGACAUUGGUGAAUAUGAAUGUCGAGUGAGUAACAUCGUUCAACAGGAAGCGGUUUCCUCCAAAGCAAAAGUGAUGAUUAAAGCUUUUCAGACGACUACCUCCUCCUCAAAAAGUAUCUUCGAGUUUGAAGGCUCUCCGUGUCCUAUGGACACGUUUUGUUUAAAUGGAGGCAACUGUACUUUUUACGAAAUAUUUGGAGAAUAUGUUUGCAAAUGUGCAGAAGGAUACAUUGGACAAAGAUGCGACCACAAGAGUGUUUCAGUCAUUUUGGGGCAGGUAAUGAACCAGAGUGAGGAGAAGCAAGGAAGUUUGUCUUACGUUAUCACUGCCCUUUUUGGGGCCUCGAUAUGGAUAAUAGUGAUUCUGAUGGUGAUCAUCGUCUUUUCUUGCAGAAAACUCUUAAGGUCCCGAAAAAUUUUAAACUCUCUCAAACAGUUCAGUUAGUGAAAAAGAAGAGUGAUAACGAAAAUAAAGUUUACAAUGAAGAUAAAACUUAACAUAUCAAGUAUCUACCUCAUUUAAAGCAUUUUGAACUGUCUAACAAGUUCUCGUUGUCCAAAAGUGUCUUGGACCAAAUUUGUGAGAUGUGUAUUUAUUAUUUUUUAUAAUCAAUUGAAAGUAUUGGCAGCUUUGCACUUUAUUUCUGUAGCUCUUAGAUUGUAAAUAUCAUCAAAUGCUACUUUUCCUUUUAAUUUGUAUUUAUUUGAGAAUAAAAAUGAAUUUUAUAAUAUAAAUGUUGAUAAUUAUUUAAUUCAUACAAUAGUAAAGCAGAGUUAUCAAAAUAACAUUUCUUUUUUAAUAUAUAAUAUGUAGAAUAAACCUUUGUUUCUUAUAGGAAACUGGCUAAAAAAUAAAACUUGUUAUUAUCAACUUAGCAAUAUGUGUCACUAGAUGUUUUCUUCCUGAAAGAGUUAUCUUCUUUUCAAGUUAUUUCCUUUCUUUCAAGGAUGUUCUAAACAGAAAUAUAUAUAUCUUAUGUUUACUUCUUAUCAACUAGUGAUGAUAACUUAUGCAUGGCUCUCUAUAACAAGAUAAAACACUCAUUACAAAAAAACUGUGUUCAGAAGUUUACAACAUAAUCAUAUCCUAUUGUAUAUAUAUAUAUAUAUAAUUUUCUGUAAUAUUCAUUUUUAUGCCUUUUUAUUAAAAAGAAAAUU